AUGAGUUUUGUUUGUAUAAAGCAUGGUGAAAGUUCUGUUUUAUGCAAUGGAACUCGUUAUGACCUUCCCGAAGAAGCACUUAACUACAAGGAUUCGAUGUUCUGGGUAUAUCUUGGUGUUUACAUCGCAUUGGUUCUUUUUGCAGGUUUGUAUGAAGGGACGAGCGAUUUUUUAUGUUUUAAAACCAAAAAUGCAUCAUUUUCCCGAAGAAGUACAUCUUAGGAAUUAUAAUACCACAUUUAAUAUGGAGGUUAAGUAUAAUAACAAAGAAAAUUCCCUAAAUAAUAAAUAUUGGCUAAGAAAGUUGAGAAGUUAUAACUAUAUGUUAAAUAUUUCAGCGUACCUGUAGGAGAAUGCCAAAUCCUUUCAACGCAAGUUUAUAACUGUUUGGCCCGAUAACAAAACAACAAGCUCUAUUCAACGUUAAAGGAUUUUCAUGUUUAAAGCUGAUGACAUGUAUCAUGAAAAUAGUUGAAAGUUUUUCCUAGGAGCAAGUCAUGCACAGGGGAGGGACCGGGCGUUCCUUACCCCCCAUCCAAUAUUUGUUUUUGAUGCUGUGCUAAAUAUUGUUGACAGCUGUGCAGGCCUAAAAGGGCCUUACCAGAUAGCAGAUCAAGCUGUUGCAAUGUUAUAGCUAAACCAGUCUAGAGCCAACUAGUACCCACUUAUUUUUGAUGGACGGACAGGCAGGAUUUCAAAUAAUUUCCCCGCUGACACCGGUCAAGUUGUCCAGUCAAACCUAUUUUUGCUCGGACCCAACCCGCUUUUGGCGGGACAAGUGUCUUUCAUCUAGGAUUAUCCGACUGCACUUUACAAUGAAAUAUAUGCGGACUGUUAUAAUAAUGCUUUACAACACUACACACCCUACUCCUGAGUUUGUGGUGACAACUUUAUAGAGGAUGAAGCAAUAACUCGCAACUUCCGGAAAAUGAAAAACCACUGUUAACACCCCCAGCGCAGGGCUUAUGAAAUUUCUCACAGUCGCAGAGCCAUGAAAUUCAGGCAAAUCCACGAAAGUUAUUCACAAAAAUAGACACGGUAGAAAUCUUACCAAAUACACGUCAGUUCAACAUAUUUGAGACUUAUCGCAGCUUAUGGGGCUGUUUUUUGCCGUAAACUUGAAAAUUUAUUUUGAAACUUCGUCACCGCAAUGAGAAAACGUCCCAAAACUACCAGGUGUUCUUAGAUUGUUAUUGCGAAAAACUGGGCACUGGCCAGUGCACGAUAUAAAAAGCUUUGCCAUUAGCACAUUUCUGAGCUUAUUGUUGUUAAAUAAAAGAGCAAAUGAUGAUCUCUGAUUAAAAAAAAACCUGUGCAAGAGAAUACCAAGUCCAAACGACAUCGCAAAGCAAACGAGGGUUUUGAGCUCAAAAUCACCGCUUUUAAAAGGGCAACAUUUAUAGGUAGUUGGUGUUUCUGUUGUUGUUGUUAUUACACAGGCUCAUCAUUUCCCCCCUCCCCAAAACUGGGCAAAAUUGCUGUCUUGUUUUAUUAACAAUGUUUGUGAAAUCAGCGCAAAACCUAUCGCUUUCUAGUGAAAUUUGUCGCAAAAUUGGCUUUUUUUAACGAUCGUUUUUCGGCAAAAUUUGACUUGAAUUUUUUCCACGAAAUUCCCGCGAAAUCGGCCAUUUUUUUCCGCGAAUUUGUCUCUGAAAAUUCCAUGAAAUUCGCCUUUUUUUCCGCAACCUGUCAGAGGCCUUGUGUUAUGAAUGGUUUACAUAAUAAAAGUUCUUGAUCUGGCUGCCUUUUUUUUUCUCUCUCUUCCCACGUUUUUCCUUCAUGAACGUCAAUAAUGUCAAGUUUUGACCAGUCAUAUUUAAAAAAAGUGUUCAAAGGUCUGAAUUACAUUAGAAGCGUAAAAGAGUGGACAAAAUGUCCAGCCAUUCAAGGAUUUGACCGGACAAAGCCUUUUUUUGACUGGACAUUGUCCGUUGACUAGCCGUAAUUUGAAGCCCUGGACAGGAAUUGGUAGUUGGUGUUUGAUGCUAUAACUUUCUGCACACCAGUACAUUUGUGAAAAGUUAGCCUCUGCUCGCAGGGUAAUCAAGGGGUCACAAAGCACAAGAAAUAAUACAUUUAAUAAGUGAAUUUCUUCACACUCGUAGGUUUAAUGUCAGGAUUGACCAUGGGCCUGUUAUCGCUGGACAUACUGAGUUUGAAAGUUCUUCAAAGAGGAGGGAAGCCUUUAGAGAAGAGACAUGCAACUAAAAUAUUGCCACUGGUAGAAAAACACCACUUACUCCUGGUGACUCUAUUGCUGGCAAAUGCUGCAGCUGUGGAAUCCAUGCCAAUCUUCAUGGACAGGAUCUCUAGUCCUGUGAUUGCCAUCUGUGUUUCCGUGACUGCUGUGCUGUUUUUUGGGGAGUAAGUGCAAGGACGUUUUGGAUAAUCUGAACCUUAACUCAUUUGCUCCUAGGAAUUUUGCUGUUUUGAAGCUACAGUGAAACCUGUAUUAAGCGGACACCGUAUUAAGCGGACACCCUCUAUUAAGCGGACAGGAGCCAAAGUCCCAAAAUUCAUUUCCCUUAUUUGCUUUAAAUGAAACCUUUAUUAAGCGGACGCGGACACCUAUAAAGUACCUGAAAUAGUCAUUUCUAUUGUUACCAACCUGUAUUACACGGACACUUGUAAUCAAAUUCCACUACCCAACAUGCCAGACACCGGAAAUGCGAAAGAUUACCUCAAAUUGCCACCCACAACUUUUUCGAUUUUUACAUUAAAAAACGUGACUUGACGAACUUAUUUGAUUAGUUUCACAGUAAAGUAAUGUUUUCUAUUUCGUUUUGUUUGUGUAGAGCUUGUUUCACUCACCUGAUUUCUGCAAAUUUGAGUUGCAAUCUAUGUUUAUGGUACUAUGACCAAUUAGUCCACUUUGAUAAAGAAAUUAAUGCAAACGUAUACCGCAAAGUCUCUAGGAGAAUUCUUAACAUUUCCACUGUUCAUUUGAAUGGCAUUUGACAUCUCAUAUGACGUUAUCUAUCGAAACCUGUAUUAGGCGGACACCCUGUAUUAAGCGGACUCUACAGCAUUCCCCGAGGGUGUCCGCUUAAUACAGGUUUCACUGUAGUUGAGCCAUUUUCUGGUCACUGUUUGGAUAUAAAGUGCUAAAACUUAGCACAAAGCUAACAGCGUAUAUGCCAACUCUCCCAGAUACGACACCAAUCUCCCGGUCUCCCGUACGGAUCACCAUAUCUCCUGGAUAAAAUCAUCAUUUGAGCUUUUCUGUGCCUUAGGUUGAGAUUUAGCCCAUUUUAAGCUCAAAACUUGAAUUUUUGUUAUUCAUAGUAUGAUUUCUGGGGCCUUUUUGCACCUAUUUAGUCACAGACAAAGAUUAUUUCUGGCAUGAAAGCGAUGAUCGGGAAUUUUGAAAGUAUGUUCUUCAUGUAAGACCUCAUAAUUGUCCUUAGUCAUUCCCAUAUUUGUCAGGGGUGGGGAGUGGGGGCAGCAUUCAUUGAAUUUCCUGGGGAGGGGGGGCGGGUAGUGAAAAAGAGAAAGUCUCCAGAUUUUAGAUCUCCAGAGGUUGGCAUCUCCGUAACAGUGUAAACGUCUUUGUGUAUAUUACUAUAUCAUAUGAAUUUUCUUGUGUAAUGUGGAAUUAAUUUGCACUCAUGUUUUUUUCAAUAAAGCUCAAAUUGCAUUCACUCUACAGGCUUAUGCAAUUUUGAUACUUUUCAAAAAAACACUUGCAAAUAAAUUUCAAAUUGAAUGAGGUAAGCCAUAUGGAUUGAUUACCUUUACAAUGUACCUGUAUCAUUGUGGUCAAUGGAGGCAAGAGCUAGAUCUAUAUAAAAUGAUGUCUUCAAAAUUGACUUAGUAAGUGACAUUGUUUGGUUUAUCACAGAGUUGUUCCUCAAGCUCUUUGCACCCGUUAUGGUCUGGCAAUAGGAGCAACACUGGCUCCGUAAGUAGCUUUAACAACUUUGUUUGUAUUAAAUGAUUUAAUUAUUGGUGUAAGCUCUGUAGUCUUAAUGGUACUAUAAUACAGUCAUUUAUCUUACUUGACACACCCUGAAUGGUGCAGGCUGUAAAUGUGCAAAAGGUGGGACACGGUAUCAUUAAACCCUGUUAUAAUUAAAUAAACAUAUAAUUAUAGUGAUUUAACAAACAAUGUUCCUCUUUGCCCUGGUCAUAUUAAAAUGUGUGGUAAUGUGCCAUGGUUUAUUCCACAUAUUCCAGUCUCAUAACAACAACCAUAUUUCGUAGUCCCUUUUUCACUUUGUUACAUUGUGGUUUCACUGUAGAAGGUCAAGCUGGAUCAACUCAGCUACUAUACAUUGUACCUGCCAACUUUAUUAGAUUCAUAAGCGGGAGAUUUUUACUGAGAAUGCCGGGAUUUUGCUAGAGAACCCAAUGACAUCCAAAGGGGCUCUUACUCAUCAACCAACAAUAAAUAUUGAUUUAAUGGUACCUCUCAGAAGGCUGAAAAAGGGCUCACCACCAGCUGAAAUUGCUGUGAAAAUAAAUACAUGGCCAGUAGUAAUUUGAAGGUGCAGUUAAGUAGGAAAAGCGAGGUUGACUUAAUAAAAAAAGCCUGCUUAGCUUUUCCUUGCCUGUGACCUUGGGAAAUAAUAUUGUUAAAAUGGUCAAAAUUGUUAUCGUUUGCUAACAUUGAAGUAAAGUGACUUUAAUGUUUUAAUUAGUAAUUAUAAUUUUCAGGCUUGUAAAGGUAUUGAUGGUUUUAAUGUUUGUUGUUGCCUGGCCUAUUUCAAAACUGCUUGACUGUCUUCUGGGACAUGAGCAUUCCACAUUCUUCAGAAGAGCAGGUAAAUCACAGUGCUCGGUAGUGAUGUCAUUUGUUUUCUCCCUGAUGUUCCUCUGUAAAUUAAUAGACCUUUUUAACGAUACGGCGGCCAUAUUUAAUUAAUUCGAUUUGAGGAGUAUUAUAGGAUGGCCAGGGGGCAUGAGCACAUCUUGUUUGUAUUUCGAACGCUUUUUGGGACAUUUUUUCUUUCAGUUUUCUUAGAAUAAGAUUGUAAUGGGAAAAAAGAUCCUUAUGCUGUUUCAAUGUAAUAAUGAUUGCCUUUUCCCCAGAAAUAUACAGUGAAAGACCAUAUUUCUAAUACUAAACUAGAAAAAGGCAAUCAUUAUUACAUCCAAACACGGCACAAGGAUCUUUUUUCCUAUUACAAUCUCAGUCUAAGAAAACUUUAAGAAAAAAUGUCCCGAAAAGCACUCGAAAAUACAAACGAAAUGUGCUCAUUUCCCCUGGGCAUCCUAUAAUACUCCUUUAUAAAUCGAAUUAAUUCAAUAUGGCCGCCAUAUCGGUAAAAAGGUCUGUUGGGGCAAUGAAAGGAGCCUGCAAUCCUAAUCUCCAAGUUGCUAUUACAUACGGUUGGCACAUACAUGGAGCCAGCUUCAGUUGGACUGCCCUUAAGAAUGGAUGGAAUGCACAGAAUGCAAAUCUGAUCAAGCUGUUUGGACCUUCUUCAUUCAUAAUAUCAUCACGCUUGUUUUUACCAUUUAUCACGUGAAACUUGCGCAAAAGGUCAAAAGUGUCUUGAACUUCUGUCAUUGUCACCCGCACUCCUUCUAUAUAACCUUCAGUUAUUACUUAAUUAUUGUUCCACACAUAUUGUUGACAUUUUAGUAGUUUAUUAUUCGUCAAUUAUUACUUCAUGAGAACUUGCAUGUCGCAGCUUUCACACUGCUAGGUGCUUUUACAUUUCACAGCUUAGCUAGUGUCUCUUCUGGUCUGGAAAUUGUUUUCCACCCCCCAAACCCAGUCCCCUAGACUCCCUUGCAGACUUUCCUAGGGCUUUAUCAAUUUGUCCAUGGUGAUAAAGGGAGAGGAAUGUGUGACAAAGCCCUUGGAAUGCCUCUGUAGGAGGCCUAAAUGGUAGGGGGCACUAACAUAUAAUCUAUACAGACAUGUGCUGCUCAACAGAGUAUGAUUUACUUCUCUGACUCCAGUGCAGGGUGAAAAAUCACCCGUUAUCUCUGGAAUAGUAGUAUACUGUAUUUUACUUCAGUUUGACUCUGAAACAUUUAUGAUCUUUUCCACAUAAUCCCUGAUUAUUUGCCACCAAGCUUACGUAUAAAACUAUCCUACACUAUGCUCCCUUUACUGUUUUUAUAUCACUCAGUUCACCACACUCUUAUUAUAUGGAACAGCUUGACAACUCAUCUCUUUAGCCAGAGUCUCAAAGACUCUGCAGUAUACCCCAUUAAGAGGAAGUAGCCCCAUAGGCAGGGGGGUGGGGUGGGGGUGAGCAGGUUACUGGUCUCCAUCAUUUAUCACAUCACUGUGAAAGGUUUUAAAAUGCGUUCUGUGUUUGUCUCCUGCCAGAGUUAAAAGAACUUGUGGAUUUACACAAGGAAGAUACAGAUGCUAAUGAGGACCCCCUUAGUCAAGAUGAAGUCAUGAUUAUACAGGUAGCAAGCCUAUGGAAAUAAUUCUAGAACUCAUUAAAUGUGCAUUUCAUAAAGUUAUGUGCAUGGAUACCACCGGAUGAGAAGUCACCUUAGGUAAACUUUGAUGCAAAUAUGCCAUAAGUACACUAAAAUUUGAGUGCAACAGGCAGCGAAUCAUGACAAAGGUAAUCCAAGGGGAUUGUGAGACUGUAAUGGUAUAUGUAUGGUAUAUGACUUUCAAAGGCUAGUUUAGCUAAUGUUACCACCUUUAUGGCAAGGCAAAGAACUGGACUUUGCACCCUGCUUCUAGACCAAGUUACAGUCAAGCCAAAAAGGAAAGUAACAAACUAAUCAAUUUUUUAAUGGAAAAAUGAUUUAUUUUUGAUUCAAUGAACUGUUAAAAUGAAUAAUCCAACGUGAAAUUGUUCCUCGAUUCAAUAAUCAAAUGUUGAUUUGGUUUAUGAACAAAAUCACCUGUUCUUUGAUUCUUGUCUGUUGUGUUCAAUCCUAUUUGCAACCUUUUUUAAUGUUAUGUGAAUAAUUUUUUCAUUGAAUUUAAAUCAAAAUAACACCACAAUAGACAGACACAUAAAGAAACUGAAAAGGCCGAGGAUUCCCAUCAACCAAUCACCGGGGUUCUCUACUGACCUCAGUUUGACCGUCGGAGUUUUCUAAGAGAGAGGCCUACGUUGUAGGUCUGUUGCACCUAUUAUUGGCAGCAAACUGGCGUGGAUUUUGCAGUUUGUUUGGGUUUGAACUUCUGAACUCGUUAGCACUUGACUCUCAAAAAAAAAGGAAAAAAACAAAAUUCUGAGGUCAACUUGUGGAAACUGUAAUUUUUCAAAAAACAGCUCAAUCAACAUUUUAUGGAAUCGAGUUGAAAUGACUAUUGGAUUGUUCAUUUUAUGAAUGGAUUAUUGAAUCAACAAACGAAAUCAUUUUUCCGUGAAUGAAUUCAUUAGUUCGUUAGCGACGGGAACGCUUGACCUGGUUUGACUGUAAAGACAAGUUGACUUGCCACUCUAACUUUUAAUUCUGAGAACAAAAUCCUAGGGUGUUUCCAUUCAAAUUAAAUUUCUUUGGCAGAAGUUUUGCAUUAAGAACUAUAUUUAACAUUUCUUUGGAUUAAUUUAUACCAAAAUAAAUUUUAUUUUUUUUCAGUUAAUUAUUUUACUUUGCAGUGAGGGGUUAAAGCAAUGCUCAGGGUUUGAACAGUCUUGAAAAGUCCUUUAAUUUUAAGGGAAGUCCUUGAAAAGUCCUUGAAAUUCCACUUUCCAUUGAAAAGUGCUUCAAUUUCUAUGCAAGUCCUUGAAAAGUCGUUGAAUGUUCUUCAACUUUGAAUGUAGUGGCCUGGAAGGUGUUUUUCUAAUGCUCUUUGGUUGUCCAAGACAGAAUAUAUCUCAUAGCUCAGAGAGAAGUUAAAGGUGAUUUACAUAAAGCAUUUUUUCUGUUUUAUGCAAGAAUUAAUAUGCAGGGAAAGUCCUUCUGUCAAACGUCCUUGAAAAUUUUUCCUUCAACUUUGAAUGCAUGACCUAGUGAAAAUCAAGAAUCAGAGUUAGAAGAAUCAGAACGUUUCCAUUUUCCUCCAACUCCGCUUACGAUUUUUUUCGUCGAAAAUUCUUCCAAUGCAUAUUCCCACGCUUGAUGAUUGGUUUAGUUCCUUCGCUUCUCCUUGCGACUCUGACGAGCCAUUUUUCACUUGAUCGUCAACGAUAGAGCCAUAAGUGGAAUCCGAAGAAUCAGAACGCCGUUUUCACAAGGUCGUAAAGUUCUAUGCUUCUGAUUAUGACUUCAACUCUGUCGCUAGUGAAAACUUGCCUUCAAAAAUGUUUGCAAAUUUUUGGAUGAACCCGGAUACUUAAACGGUACCUGUUGACAUGGCUGUUUGAUGCCUGUAGGGAGCUCUAGAAAUGAGAAACAAAACCGUUGAAGAUAAGUACACACCCCUGGAUAAAGUGUACAUGCUGGAUAUCAACAGGCAACUGGAUCAAGAUACAAUGAAAGAGGUACACUUGAAUAUUUUUAUUGCUGCAUUUGUUUUCUUUAAAUUUGGGCUUUUAUCAACCAGGAAAAACUUUAAAAUAAAACUUGCCCUUCUCUUAAUGAUCUCCAGCUAGUGCCACUGAUAUGAGGCCAGCCCUUGAAUUUUCCCAUUCAUGAAUAACACAGGACUAUGCAUCCUUUUUUGUUAAGCUUUCUUUGUUUUGCUUAAAAACGAUAAGGCUUCUUAAAAGAAACAGAACAAAAUUUAGUUUUAGUGCUAUUUCCCCUCUAAUCCUUUCAUCAGUCAUCACAAUUAAUUGUUGAAUGUCACGGCGCACUGUAUUGUUGUUAGUCUCUGUAGCCUGUGAAUACAGGUGUCUCUUAUGACUCCUCAUCAUUGAGAUGUGUUGUGAAUUGUAUCCAGUGGUGGGUAGUGAUGAGUAGCCCAACAAUAUUUGGCAGCUGUAUUCGCAGGCUACACUUUGUACUUAAAAUUAACCCUUUCACUGCCAGAGUGUUUGAUGGAGUUUUGAAAGGUGACUGUAACUUUUGUGUUUGUGGACGAAAUCCUACGAUGUGACCAUUCAAAUGAAAAGUCCCUGCCUGUACUUUCACAUGGUACUUUUUGUUUUUCAAAAUGUUAGAAAAUGAAAUUUGGAAAUCUGGUCGAAAUUUGCCUUUAACUACAUGCGGCAGUGAAAGGGUUAAUAGUCUCAGUGGCAGUCAUUCUUUGUGUCAUCACACAAUGCUUCUAGGAGAGGAGUGUUGCGUGGUGACAUGGAAAAGAGGGGCUUUGUAAGAGCCUUUACACUGCCCUGAAGGGUAUGUGCCCUUUAUUGGGCUCCAAAGUGCCCUUAUUCACAAGGCGGUGCUUAUUUGCAGAUCAGUAGGAAAGGCCAUUCACGAGUGCCAGUGUACAGUGGAGAAAGAGAAAAUAUCGUGGGAGUUCUCUUUGUCAAGUCAUUGGUAAUGUUGGACCCAGACGAUGAUACUCCAAUAAGGGACAUUUACAGGGUUGGUUCUUUCCUCACAUCAUCAACAAGUGAACCACUGUUUGAGCUACUGGACAAAUUUCAGACUGGAAAAAGUAAGUGUUGUUUUGAUGUGCAGUCAACUCUCCAUAGAGAGACAACUCCAUAUAAGAUGGACACCUCCCUAAAACUUGUCCCUGCGGUUUAUGGUCAAGUCGCCCGAAAUCAGAGUCAUGUCGCCCAAAAUGUUUAGUCAAUUCGCCCGAAAUGCUGAAUUUUUUGGCUCGAAAUUUAUCAUGCUUUGACAAAAUCGUAGCAUCCGUAUUACCAUUUGCCGCGCUUGUUUCGUCUCAUCGAAGAUUAUAGAACGAGAUAUAUUACUCAUUCAUCGGGCUUUUUUCGUUGGUAAUGCAGGGUUAAAGAUAGAGAUAUUUACACCGCUUGUUUCAUCCUACGGUGGCCCACAACUGUCACGGCAAAACCAAAAACCUCACGGCAAAACUAAAAAACCUCGCGGCAAAAUCAAAAUACCUCACGACAAAACCAAAUACUUCACAGCAAAAACCAAAUACCCCACGGCAAAAGCAAAUACCCACGGCAAGACCAAAGCUAUUUUGCUUUUGCUGUGAAGUAUUUGGUUUUGCCGUGAGGUUUUUGUUUUUACCUUGAGGUUUUCGGUUUUGCCGUGAGGUAUUUUGUUUUUGCCGUGAGGUUUUUGGUUUUGCCGUGACAAUUGUGGGCCACCAUAUCACCGCUUACAAAGAACGAGGUAUGUUUCACAUUCAUUGCGCGUUUUUUGUCUCAUGAUGACUAAAAGAACGAGAUAUAUUAACACAUGCUUCUUAUUUAACAAAAAUUAACUUUGUUUUUCUGUGCCCUUCACCUGAUAAAAUUCGGGCGACAUGACUCUGCAUUUCGGGCGACUUAAUACUGGUUUAGGGCGAGAUGACUUUCGUGUGACUUGACUGGUUACCGUCCCUGCCUUUCUUUACUACUUUCAGUUGACUCUCUAUAAGACAGACACUUUCCCAAAACGGACACCUAGAGUUGGGCCUUUGCAACCUCUAAGUCAUUUUGUUUCACUGUUUAUAUAAAGACGGUGCCUACCUCUCGAAGUCUAGACUGCGAAACAGUCCGUAUUUUUGCAUAUUCAAGUACGGCGAACAGCCAAACAAAAGCUCUGUAGCGAGGCUGAAAACGGAGAGCGAGAGUGGUUUCCUCUAGCCUUUCGAGACUCGCGCGCGAGACUCUUACGCCACUCUUACGCUACACUAAACCUAUUUUGAGAAAAGCCGACUGUUUUGCAGUCUGCUCCAAGUCAGACACUUAAAAUACCGGCCCCAACCUUGUCUGUCUUUGGCUGUGUUUACACCAGGUGCCUACUUUACACUUGGUGCCCCGGCUCGCUGCCUCAGUAGAGUAACCCCUGGGCACUCGUUUGAAUUCCGCGCGUAGUCGCUGGUCAUAAAUUCACACGCAUGGAUAAAAAAGGAUUAAGAACGAACGGAAUUUUCCCCGUAUAGGUCACCUGUGUGUUGUGAACAAGACUCAGAUAGAUGAAGGAAAUCAUAUUUUAACAGUAAGUUACAAGUAUGCAGUUGCAUAAUUAAGACACAAACAGCAUCGCUAAACAUAAAAACCCAGCAUGAUUUGAAAAGGGCACGACGGUGAUGCCAAUUGCUGCAAUUUUGUACGUCUGUAUUUUUUUUAUUUUUGUUUUGUUUUCAAGGCAUAAAACAACUCUUUUUUCCUGGAGACUUCGUUUCUACAUUGUUUUGUAAUUAUUUCAAAGUGACUGCCAAAUAUUUCAAAAAUCUGUGCCCACUUCUUUCUUAACAAAUGGAAAAUUGUGUCGACCCUUAAGAUUAGAUUAACACCCUUCACAAUCAGGUAUACUGCAGGUAUAUUGUGUAUUUGUAAACAUUUAAGACGGAAUCCACCAGGAAAUUGAGUAAUUUUAAUUCUCAGUGGACAAAAACCUUGUAGCAGAAUAAUUUAAAGAAUGUUCCUUUUUUUUUAUUUUUUAAGGCCUAAAUAUGUGAUUAGUCAUCUUUAAUGACACUAAACAAAAUUUCUCGUGGGAGUCCGAGAAAAUGAAUUUCAAAUUUCAUAAGAAUUGUGAAAACACAGGUAAAUCUCUGAAAAUUUCAUGUGAAAGAUGUAAUUUUGUGAGUUUGACAUUCAUUUUCUCGGGCUCCCAUGAGAAAUUUUGUUUGGUGUUAAAUUAAAUUAAAUUUUCUUUAGGUAUUGAAAACUGUAAAAAGGAAUGCAAUAUGUUUUAAAUUUUUCUGGUACAAGAUGUCUGUCCACUGAAAAUUGAAAUUACUCAAUUUCAUGGUGGAUUCCAUCUUAAUCCUUUAAGCCCCAAUGCCCACAUAUAAAUUCUCCAUACUGAUCUUCAUACAUUUCUUUAAAGAAUUAGUUGAGAGAGUUUAAUAGCAGAUCAAAGCAUUUUCUCUGUAGUGAUCAUUUUAUUAACUCUCAUAACCAUUCCUCUUGGAAACAUGGAUAUUGUUAGGAGAAAAUUGAUGUUGGUCACCAUUGAGAUUUAAAGGGUUAAUCUUUCUCGAGGUAAACUGAGGGGGCCAUGUAAUUACGUAACUACUUUUGGUGCUCAAAGCCAUUCCCACAAAUAAACACUUGUGACAUAUUUUCUUCCUGAAACUCAGCGAUUCUGAUGUUUUUCAGUAACAAACAAAUGUAUUCUGAUGCUCAACAUGCUAGAGUUAUUUUAAAUGUUUGUAAGGUCCUCAAGCGAGGUGUGUUGAAGAAUUGUAGUCGCCAAUUUGGAGACUGAUUUUCAGGGGGCUGUUCACCGUCGUGAAAAAUUUUCGCGAGUUUUUGUACCCUUCUGGUUUCUGAAUAUUUGUUUUUCUUGUUAUCGUUGUUUACUAGCGAGUUGUCGGUAUCAUAACUCUAGAGGAUGUGAUAGAACUGUUGAUUCAAGAAGAAAUUUGGGAUGAGGCAGAUAUCCUUAGACAUCGAUACGACUUGAAGAAGCAAAUAUCUUUUGCUAGAGCAAAAUUUAAACGAAUGAAAUCAGUCGACCCAGGUGAUGGAGGCGGACGUGGACCACUGAGUCCGGCCAUGCAUUCAGAGGUAAAGUUCUAAUUAUUUGGGACCGCUAGGACACCCCCCUCUCCCACUCCACCCUCAAGAAAAAGCCCUGGGAGCCCAAACCGAUAGUCGAAUUGCACGCAUUUUAAGCAUCAUACGCUUCUCCUAGCAUGCGGAGAACUUUUAGUGAUAACAUAGAACCGCGUUACGUAGAAAUUGUAUACAAUGAAUGUUCUGGGAAUAAGUGUAUGUAUUAGCCUGCGUGCAAGCUCCCCUAUUUGGGCAAGCGAAGCGAGCCUCGCGAGAACGCGCGAGCGAGGGGCCGAAAGGCCUCUUCCCCUCGCGGCUUCGCCGCUCGCGCGUUCUCGCGAGACUCGUUUCACUCGCCCAAAUAGGAGAGCCUGCUCGGAGGCUAUGUAUGUAUCUGAACUUGUUACCGAAACUGAGAGCCUCUGUGGUCGGGCCCUCUCAAGCGAUCACCUCUCCGAAAGCAACUGCUAAUUCUUGGCAUUCUGAGCGGUCGCUUGCAGAUGGUCCGGCUUAACAAAUAAUAAUAAUUUAUUAUUUAUAAGGUGCAAAAUAGCAUUUAAAUAUAUAAUCUAAUGCGCACAACAUGCGAUCAGGCGUUCUUAAACUGAUCGCAGGUUAGGUCCGGCUGUAUUUCACCCUGUCUAAACGGUAGAUAUUCUAGGGGGGAGGGGGGGACUAUGGGGUCGUAUGUUGGGAAAAGUGUGUUAUUGUAACCGUGUUAAUCUUUCUCAACAGGAGGUACCUGCAAGACUGCACGAGUCGAUAAAUGACACUGAGCCACUGCUGUCUCAGUCUUCAUAGAGGUUUUAAAUGUAUCCGCCCUUGUGCUCUGAGACAAAGUGGACCUCUUUGAUUGCUUAUGACUUUCUCUCUGUGGGUUGCAGUGAAUCUGGUACCCGAACAACUGGAGUAAUUAAUUCACUGAACACUCUCUUAAACGGGCGUUGCCUGACCAUUAUCACUUUCGAUCAUUAUCCUCAGUUACAGUAAAACCCCCAUAACUCGAAUUCUUGUUCUUUUAACUCUACUCGGAUGUUAUCCCAUUAGUUCUUCUUGUUGUAUAAGACUAAAAACACUAAAACUGACACUGGUCACUAUUAAAGGCAAUUUGAUUUUAAUUGGUGAAACGAACAGAUCACGUGUUAUCAUAAAAAUGCCUUAUCAUGUUACCGUUUUUGAUGAAAGAAGUAAAUUUGCACUUCACCAAUCACUAAAUUGCUGAGAAAUUAGUAACUAUCAAUUUUCAACAUGGCAAAUUGAAUUUGUCAGUUGACCUCAAUGACUCGAACCCUCGCUAACUCGAACUGUUUUUCGUUUCCCUUUCGAGUUGGAGUUACCAGGGUUCUACUGUAGUUCUUUCAGUAGUCACGUUAUAAUCACUAAUCUGUCAAUAAUUCGGUUGAUCGUCCGUUUGAAUUUAGCAGCGGGUCCAGAACUUCCUUAUUCUUAGGACCGAUUUUUCCAUGAAAGAGCCGAAUGUGAAUGAAAUUUGCUUUUAAAUGAUUUGUUUGCAGUUUAGGCGAGUCAAAUUUACCGUCCACGUUUCUCAGAUUGUAUUUUGCUGUGUGCUGAUGAGUAACUUAAAGUUCCUAACGAGUUUCUUACUUAAGUUCUUGUUAGGGCCUCUUCACAUGAGCCGGUUACCGGGAUGAAUUUCCCCUGGGGUUCAUAUGAGAAAUUUCAACCCGGUUUCCGGAAUGAAAAAAGGCCAAAGAUCCUGGGACGAGUUCUGGCGCCAAAAUCGACAAACAAAGCGAACAUGGCGAAACACAAAAAUUUUAACUUUCGCGCUUAUCAUAGCUUCGGCAACUCUUAAAGCUGUAUCACUGCAGUUAAAUGGGAUGCUUAUGAUAUGGAAAAUACAGCAGGUAAUGCAAGACGAUGCCAUGCGGGCCGCCAGAAUUCAUCCCGCCGUUCAUCCCGGUAACCGGGCUGAAGUGUUCAUAGGGCAAAAUUUCCCGCCCGCUUAACGAGAUCCCUGUUGGAAAAACCGAGACCUCGGGAACCGAGCCAGCCCGCCCUCUGAUAUAAUCACACCGAAAAUUAUAUAGAGGUAAGGCGAGAUCUCAGAAACUGGGCCUGCCCGGUCAACCGUGCUCAUCUUAAGAGGCCCUUAGGGGUUGAUUACAAGGCGGAUUUCAGCCCGGGAUGAAGUUCGCCACGUUAUUACCCCCUUAGACUGUUAAUAGCAGACCUUUCACUCUUUCUGUGCUCUAGUACGGCGUAGAUACGUGUAGGUAACAGGGGCUUUAUCCCUGAAAGUUCAGAUAACGUUUGGGGCCUUAAAUUGCGGUGCAGGUUGUUGCCCGCAUACAAACGCGACGAAUUUGUUUCUAAAUUUUGGGUAGGUGUAUCAAGAUUUUCGAGAAAAAAUAUCUGGGUUACAAUUAAAUCAGUUUAAUCAAUCAAUUGGAGCGGCGUAUGCCUAAGGAGCGCCGGUAUUUAGAGGUUAACUAGUUAAAAAUCGUAAGCUAAAUGACAGCCUUUGUCUUUUUGAUGAGCAAAAAACUCAGGAAUUUGUACAGAUAGUCAGCUGUAAAGUAUUACUUUCAUUGAAGACUAUGGGAAUACAGGAGUGUUUGAAAAUAGAAAUUAAAUACGUCUUAAAAUGUAUACAUAUUUGACAAUUAAUAUGUACAUUUCCGAGUAUUUACUCUUUGAAGGAACAUUACGUAGGAAAAUAUGGACAACUAUUGAUUUCAGAAGCUUUUUUCAAUCUGGAUAGUUCUUUUGCCGUCACGGUCCCCACACUGAAGAAUGUCUUAACUGUUACCAUACAAAAAUCUAAAUUAUAAUUAUUAUGAAUAUUAUUCAAUGAUUUUACAGA